AUGAUUUUCCUGUGUGCAUACAUAACCAUCCUCUUGUUUGAAAAGGAGGAAACGGCAUCACCACCGCUCAAGCUUCUUUCUAUUUUGUUUUCCCAUCAAUAAAAACCAUAUGAAACCGUGCACAACCUUUCUCAUGAUAGUGUAGCUGGGCCAUCUUCUGCAGCAUUUAUGAUUCAGACGCAAAGUUCCUAACUUUACAGUUUUCUGAGUUUCUGGCUUAUCACUUUUGAAGAAGUUCUCUACUUUACCGGAUUAGGUUCAGUGUAAUUUAUAUUGGUAUUGUUGUAUCAGAAAUUCUUCUGAACAAUCCCGUAACAAAACAUGACAUUGUUGGCUAAGCUACGCUGUGUCACUAUAGAUGUUACCGGUACCCUGAUGGCUUACAAAGGGGAGCUUGGUGACUAUUAUUGCAUGGCAGCCAAAGCUGCAGGCCAGCCUUGCCCAGACUACAAACGUAUGCACGAGGGCUUUAAGCUUGCAUAUAAGGACAUGGCAAAGAACUAUCCCUGUUUUGGGUAUGCAGCCAAAAUGUCAAACAUUGUAUGGUGGAAAACCUGUGUGCGAGAUUCUUUUGUCAAGGCUGGAUAUGUUUAUGAUGAGGAGACAUUUGAGAAAAUAUUCAGACGCAUAUAUGCAUCCUUUGGUUCGUCUGCCCCAUAUUCUGUCUUUCCAGACUCUCAACCAUUUCUUAGAUGGCUUCGUGAACAGGGUCUCAAAGUUGGUAUUGUGAGCAAUGCUGAGUAUCGCUAUCAAGAUGUGAUUCUUCCAGCUUUGGGAUUAAACGAGGGAUCUGAGUGGGACUUUGGUGUGUUUUCUGGUCUUGAAGGCGUUGAGAAACCAAACCCAAAAAUUUAUGAGAUUGCACUUGAAAGGGCUGGAAACAUUCCACCUGAACAAACUUUGCAUAUUGGAGACAGCAUACGCAAAGACUAUGAGCCAGCUAAGAGCAUAGGGAUGCAUGCACUAUUGGUGGACAGAUUUAAGACUCCAGAAGCUGAGGAAUGGCGGAAGUCUGGGGCAGUUGUUCUCCCUGAUCUAUUUACAGUACAAGAAUGGCUUUCUUCAACUGAGUCAGAUUACUAGAGAGGCUCUAACGUUUUUGAACUAGUAUUUCUGUUAUCACCCCCUUCCCUAAUGAUAUUACUAUUUACUUUCUCUUGUGACAUUCAACCAAAUGCAUGUGGCUGAAUAUUUCUCUAUAGAGGCAUGCUUGAGAAUCUAAAGGCUAAGAGUUAGAUGUAGCUCAAACUCAAACGUAACUCUGCUAUACGAUAUAUUUAUAUGUUACAUUCUCUUC